AGGCCUUGUUGAACCAUGGUUUCCAGUCAUGACCAACCGAAAACUUCAUGAAGCAAUUCUUUUCAUCUCAUCAUUCCUUAGUUUAUCAUGUACACAAAAUGCCCAACAAGACUUUCAUGUCAAGACAGCAGAUGUAGACAUGAUGGACACCAUUUUAGAAACUUACUGGGCAUCACACUACCUUCAAAGAGAUGGAUACGAUCACCAUAGAAACACACGAGAAUGUCAGCAAGUCAAAUAUGGUAAUAUGACAUCAUCAACAGUGGUAGCGAGAGAUUUUCAUGACAAGGAUCUCCAACUUCCUCUGAUGGAGUCACGUUAUACAUUUGAAGACAUUGGACCUUUCUAUAACAGAAAAACUGUGUUUAUCCAUUACACAGUGGUAAAUAACCCCUUCAGGACUCUCUCUGUUCUGGAGCCAUUAAAACAAGGAGGUUGUCAGGAUGGUAAAACAGGUGAUAGAGCUACUGUGGUGAAGAGUGCAGAACAGAUGAAAUGUAUGGUAGCAAUUAAUGCGGGGCUGUUUAAUACAACUUCAGGAUCAUGUCUUGGUAACGUUGUUAGCAAUGGAAGGUUGGUUCAGGACUCUGGGGGAAUACAAAAUGCUCAUUUUGGAAUAAAGGCAAAUGGUGAAUUAUUCUUUGGGUACUUGUCGGAGAUUGACCUGAUUGCCGACGAUUUUCUACAGUUGGUUGGAGGUGUAAUCUGGCUUGUCCGCAAUGGAGAAGUAUACGUCUCCGAUAGUCUAAAGAUAGAAUGUGCGGAUAUGCAGGAAACAGGGUCUCUGGAGACAUUCACAAACAUUGUAUCGGCAAGAACUGCUGUGGGUGUAGACAAGGAAGGACGAGUUUUGUUGAUACAAGUGGAUGGCAAGUCCUUCAGCAGGGGUGUCAGCCUAGAAGAGUUUGCCCACCUUCUGUUGACAUAUGACAUAGUUGAUGCUAUCAAUCUUGAUGGUGGAGGAUCAUCAACAUACGUCAUCAAUGGGACAGUUGUUAACUUCCCUUCUGACAAGUGUUCAGAUGAUUCCAGGUUCCACUGCGGUAGAAAAGUGUCAACCAUUUUAUGUGUCCAUGAUGUGGAGUGUGUUCCCACAGACUGUUCAGGCCAUGGACAAUGUAAAAUGGGGAGAUGUGAGUGUGACGCUCCGUGGAUCGGUACUGCAUGUGACACCCUCCAGUGUAUCAACAACUGUUCAUCUCAAGGAAGCUGUACCUCAGAUGGCUGUGACUGUGACGCUGGUUGGCAUGGUGAUGACUGCAACCAAUCCUGUUCAUCUGGGCAAUAUGGGAAAGGAUGUAUCCAUGAGUGUGUUUGUCUCCAUGGAGCCAGUUGUAACCCUGUAGAUGGUACAUGUGACUGUCCGAUAGGGAAAACUGGUGCAGCAUGUGACCAAGCCUGCCCAUUUGGUUAUUAUGGUGAACACUGUAAACAACUGUGCUUGUGCCAAGAUGGCUGCCCAUGCCAUGCAGUAACAGGAAGUUGUAACUUUACUGAUCUUGACCAGGAUCUAUUUCUAGCUGGACAGUGUUAUGCCAAAGCUACCAUCAAACAAAGACAGCUAGUUCCUGAUCAGUCUGAGGACUACAGACUGAUGCAGAUGGGCUUUGCAGUUCUAGGUCUCGUAGCUUCCAUAAGUGCCGUGUUGAAUAUAAUAUUAGCAUACAAACUAUUCACCAAACCAAAGCAACGAAUGAAGUACAGACCGCCACAGUCGUCUAACUCCAGUCACAUGUUCAUGUUCCAGGGCGUAUCUACCUCGGAUGAUGAACUCUCGUCACUCAGCGAAUACUCUAAGGCCGAAACAACUUUCACUCAAAGUGAAAGAUUAAAAGAUAAAAACACAAAAGAUUUAGAUUUAUUUUCUAAGGACAAUACAUAGCUUUCUUAUCAUUAAGUUUGAAUUAUA